GGGGGCGGCCGCGCUCGGAGCCUGACGUGUCCCUCCUCCGCCGCCGCCGCUCGCUGCUGCUCGGCCGGCGCCGCCAUGGGCAUAAAAUUUCUUGAAGUGAUCAAGCCAUUCUGUGUUAUCUUGCCUGAAAUUCAAAAGCCAGAACGGAAGAUUCAGUUUAAGGAAAAGGUACUAUGGACAGCUAUCACACUCUUCAUCUUCUUAGUAUGCUGCCAGAUUCCCUUGUUUGGAAUUAUGUCAUCAGACUCUGCAGAUCCUUUUUACUGGAUGAGAGUGAUUUUGGCAUCAAAUAGAGGAACAUUGAUGGAGCUGGGCAUUUCACCCAUUGUCACUUCAGGGCUUAUCAUGCAGCUCUUGGCAGGUGCUAAGAUAAUUGAGGUUGGUGACACCCCAAAGGACAGAGCUCUCUUCAAUGGAGCCCAGAAAUUGUUUGGAAUGAUCAUUACCAUUGGACAGUCUAUUGUGUAUGUAAUGACUGGAAUGUAUGGAGACCCAUCUGAGAUGGGUGCUGGUAUCUGCUUGCUUAUCACAAUCCAGCUUUUUGUUGCUGGUUUGAUAGUUCUGCUCUUGGAUGAGCUUCUCCAGAAAGGAUAUGGUCUUGGUUCUGGCAUCUCUCUUUUCAUUGCUACCAAUAUCUGUGAGACCAUUGUGUGGAAAGCAUUCAGCCCCACCACAGUGAACACUGGGCGAGGCAUGGAAUUUGAGGGAGCCAUCAUUGCUCUGUUCCAUCUUCUGGCUACUCGCACAGACAAGGUCCGAGCUCUUCGUGAGGCCUUUUACCGUCAGAAUCUUCCCAACCUCAUGAACCUGAUUGCCACCAUCUUUGUCUUUGCAAUUGUCAUUUACUUCCAGGGCUUCAGAGUGGAUCUUCCUAUCAAAUCUGCUCGCUACCGGGGCCAGUACAACACCUACCCUAUCAAGCUGUUCUAUACUUCCAACAUUCCCAUUAUUCUCCAGUCUGCCCUGGUGUCCAACUUGUACGUCAUCUCCCAGAUGCUUUCUGCCCGCUUCAGUGGCAACUUGCUGGUCAGCCUGCUGGGCACCUGGUCUGACACAUCAUCUGGAGGCCCUGCUCGUGCUUAUCCAGUUGGUGGACUCUGUUAUUACCUGUCACCUCCAGAGUCCUUUUCUUCAGUAUUGGAAGACCCUGUACAUGCAGUUGUUUAUAUUGUAUUUAUGUUGGGCUCUUGUGCUUUCUUCUCUAAGACGUGGAUUGAAGUCUCUGGCUCCUCUGCCAAAGAUGUUGCCAAGCAAUUGAAAGAACAGCAGAUGGUAAUGCGAGGCCACAGAGAAACUUCAAUGGUACAUGAACUCAACAGGUACAUCCCCACAGCUGCUGCCUUUGGUGGGCUCUGUAUCGGCGCCCUCUCUGUGCUGGCAGACUUCCUUGGGGCAAUUGGCUCUGGAACUGGGAUUCUGCUCGCUGUCACCAUCAUUUAUCAAUACUUUGAAAUUUUUGUAAAGGAACAGAGUGAAGUUGGCAGUAUGGGAGCUCUUCUUUUCUAAACCUAGCUUCUUAUGGACCCAGGAAAGAGAGGAGGGACAUUCUCA